ACAUAGUAUUAAAAUUCAGCCAAAACUUCUCGUGAAAAUCCACACACACUAAAAGCUCCCCAAUACACAUCAAACCACAAACCGUCUACUCCCUCUCUCUCUCUCUCACCCUCAAGGAAACUCGUGAGGAAGAGCUCUUAAAUUUCACGAGCUUCUUCACCUUCUGUCUCAGACAUCUCAAUGCCCCGUCUCCACUGCUCUCCCACCCCUUCAAAUACCCUUUCAUUCCGUCUCAGAAACAUGCACCAAUCACACAACAGACUUGUAUAUUUUCUUGAUCAAUGGGAGAAGCAAAAAUUCCACUCUUUUUCUCCAUCUUUUUGCUCUACUUGCUUUCUUUACAUGCAGAGAGUUUGCAGACCUACAUUGUGCAGCUCCACCCUGACGGGCCAUCGCGUUCUUGGUUCGGUUCUAGGCUUCACUGGCACCUUUCUUUCAUUGAUAAGUCCAUUUCAACUGAAGAAGAUUCUUCUUCACGGCUUCUGUAUUCUUACAGCUCUGCCAUGGAAGGUUUUGCAGCUCAACUCUCUGCAUUUGAGGUUGAGAUGUUGAAGAAGUCACAUGAAGUUGUAGCAGUGAGGCCUGACAGGAGGUUUGACAUUCACACUACUUACUCUUACAAGUUCUUGGGGCUAAGUCCCACAAGAGAAGGUGGUGCCUGGAUGGAAUCUGGAUUCGGUCGGGGAUCGAUCAUUGGUUUGCUCGACACUGGAGUUUGGCCUGAGAGCCCGAGCUUCGAUGAUCGAGGGAUGCCUCCAGUUCCUCGGAAAUGGAAAGGGAUAUGCCAAGAAGGACAGGACUUCAAUGCUUCAAGUUGUAACAGGAAACUCAUUGGUGCCAGAUACUUCAGCAAAGGUCAUCGUGUGGCGUCGUUGAUGUCUUCACCUGAUACUGUGGUGGAAUACGUGUCGCCUCGCGAUUCCCAUGGACAUGGCACCCACACAGCUUCCACUGCCGGAGGAGCUCCUGUUCCAAUGGCGGGCGUGCUCGGAUAUGGAGACGGUGAGGCUCGAGGAAUGGCCCCUGGUGCGCAUAUUGCCAUAUAUAAAGUCUGCUGGUUCAGUGGUUGCUAUAGUUCAGACAUUCUAGCAGCAAUGGACGUAGCAAUCAGAGAUGGAGUUGACGUUCUUUCACUCUCACUAGGUGGAUUCCCGGUGCCCCUUUACGAGGACACUAUCGCCAUUGGCAGUUUCCGAGCCAUGGAGCAUGGAAUAUCAGUGAUCUGUGCUGCAGGAAACAAUGGUCCAAUCCAAAACUCAGUUGCAAAUGAGGCUCCUUGGAUUGCUACCAUUGGUGCAAGCACACUUGACAGAAGGUUCCCAACAAUAGUUCGACUGAGGAACGGGAAAUUUCUAUACGGAGAGUCCAUGUACCCUGGAAAGGGACAUGCAGCUGCUGAGAAAGAGCUUGAGCUGGUUUAUAUCACAGGUGGCAAUAAGGGAAGUGAAUUUUGCUUGCGAGGGUCUCUUCCAAAAGCUAAAGUUAGGGGCAAGAUGGUGGUUUGUGACCGCGGUGUAAACGGGAGGGCUGAGAAGGGCCAGAUAGUGAAGGAAGCUGGGGGUGCUGCAAUGAUCCUAGCCAACACAGAGAUAAACUUGGAGGAAGAUUCAGUGGAUGUCCAUGUCCUGCCAGCAACACUGAUAGGUUCCGACGAAUCAAAUCGGCUGAAGAUUUACAUCAACUCAACGACAAGACCUAAAGCACAAAUCAUCUUUGGAGGAACUGUCAUUGGAAAAUCAAGAGCACCUGCAGUAGCGCAGUUUUCAUCGAGAGGGCCAAGUUUCACUGACCCUUCAAUUCUCAAGCCGGACAUGAUCGCUCCAGGGGUGAACAUCAUCGCUGCAUGGCCGCAAAAUCUUGGCCCCAGCGCCCUCCCGGAGGACUCUAGAAGAGUAAACUUCACAGUGAUGUCGGGGACUUCCAUGGCAUGUCCACACGUCAGCGGUCUGGCGGCUCUGAUCCACUCGGCUCAUCCAAAAUGGAGCCCCGCAGCCAUCAAAUCCGCACUUAUGACAACUGCAGAAAUGACUGAUCAUCUAGGAAAGCCGAUAUUGGAUGGAGACAAACCUGCUGGGCUCUUUGCAAUUGGAGCUGGGCAUGUAAAUCCUGAAAGAGCCAUAAAUCCAGGAUUGAUAUAUGACAUCCAACCAGAUGAUCAUAUUACUCAUCUAUGCACUCUUGGAUACAGCAGACCAGACAUAUUUAGCAUUACUCACAGGAAUGUGAGUUGUCAUGCGAUUUUGCAGAAGAACAGGGGAUUCAGCCUCAAUUACCCCUCAUUUUCUGUGAUUUUCAAGAAAGGAGAGACAAGAAAGAUGGUAAGAAGACGCUUAACGAAUGUGGGGAAGCCUAAUUCCAUUUACUCGCUGGAAAUGAAGGCACCCGAGGGAGUCAGCAUGAGAGUUAGACCACGCCGCCUUAUAUUCAAACAUAUAAAUCAAACUUUGAGUUAUAGAGUUUGGUUUAUAUCCAAGAAAAGAAUGGAUAUCAAGAAUUCUGGGUUUGGACAAGGGCGUUUGACUUGGGUGAGUAUGAGCGGUUCUUACAGGGUUCAGAGUCCAAUUUCAGUGACAUGGUCAUCAACAAAGUGAGAGUAUAGUAUUGUUCUAGUGGCGCAAUUAAUAGCAUCAGCUCUGAUUUCACCUUGGAAUUUGAGAUUUAAGAUUGAAUGUAAGAAAUAUGUCCAGCCUUGCACUCUGAAACUAAAAGCUUCUUUUUC